AUGAAGUUGUCCUUAGUUGUGUGUGGAAGAUAUUUGAGUGCCUCUGAGGGAUCAAUAAGUUCACCAAACUAUCCCUUCCAUUAUCCCCCUAAUACUCACUGCACCUGGAUGCUGGAGGCAGAUGAGGGGCAUCUUAUCCAGCUUAAGGUCAUGGUCUUAGAUAUUGAACAUUAUGGAUUUUGUCCUUAUGAUUGGUUGGAACUAAGAGAUGAAAAUACAUCAAACAGGUUCUGUGGCUCUGUAACUCCCACCACGUUUAUUUCUAGUUCCAAUUGGUUACAAGUCCAAUUUGUAUCUGAUGACCAUACUGGUGGCACAGGCUUCCUUGCUACAUAUCGAAUGAUUGGCCUUAAACAGGGGAGCUGUUCCUGGGAUGAAUUUUUGUGUGAUGAAAGGCGUUGUCUGUUGCUUCCUGCUCUCUGUGAUGGGAUCUUAGACUGUGCAGAUGGGAAAGAUGAGGUGAACUGCAGCAAGAAGCAUUGGGACUGUGGGGGAUCUCUGAACAAUCUGGAUGGUUCUCUCUCCUCCCCCAACCAUCCUGACAUUUAUGACGGUACAACAUUUUGUCGAUGGCUCCUCUCUGUGCCAGAUGGCCUGAUCAUUCAAAUUCAGUUCCAGAACUUUAGCCUAGAGUCAGAAAGAGACUGCAAUUUUGACUAUGUAGAGAUACAUGACGGUGCUGGUUUUGGAAUUGUCAGUUUGAUGGGAAGGUUCUGUGGCACUGAAAUUCCACCUACCCUUAUUUCCUCUGGGGCACAAAUGACUAUUCUGUUUGUAGCAGAUGAGGAAGUAUCUGAUGUAGGAUUUUAUGCUACAUAUCAAGCUCUGAAUGCUUCAGAAAAUGAAUGUAGUUCUAUGGAGUUGAAGUGUGGUGAUGGAAAAUGUCUGCCUUUAGAGUGGUCCUGUGAUGGGUGGCUGGACUGUUCCGAUGGAAGAGAUGAACAGAACUGUCCAGCAAUACCUGCUUCUGAACCAGAAAACCCAUGUCAGCCACUGAAUGUUCCUUUAUGCCAGGGAUUGUCUUAUUCCCUCACCGUGUUUCCCAAUCUCUGGGUGCCUCUUUUUGAGCAAACAGCAGUCAAUGAGUUGGUCAAUGGAUACAAGAUCCUUCUGGAACUGCCAUGUUUCCCUGCUAUGCGUCCAUUAUUGUGUGCCCUGCUGGCUCCCAGUUGCUCAUCUGAUGGUGGCGUAUUGCAGCCAUGUCGCUCAGUUUGUCUAAAUGCAAUGCAUUUAUGUUUCACACAGCUAGAUCGACUUGGUUUGUCAUGGCCAUUUGACUGUGAUCGGCUACCACCACAGAGCCAGCAAUCAGACUGUGUUAUUCCAUAAUCAACUUCUAAUCUAUUCAAUAAAUUAUAAUCUUUGUCACACAGAUGGAGCCUCCGUUAUCUUUGCUUCGUGUGUGACUAGGUGCACCUAGUCACUGUGAGCGUCUCCGUCUGGAUGGUUGUGCGUGCGCGGACGGAGAUGCCCCUCAUUCACUUGAAUGGAGAGCGUCUCUGGCCAC